AUGGGAAAUUUAUUCAGAUCUUCACGUGCAUGCGGGAGUACUCAAUCACCAAUUGUCUCUGAAAAUCCCAUAGAUUCAUCAGAUACUCCUGUUGAAUCUCAUAAACAAAUUCAUGAUAUACCAAAAGUUUCUAGAAAUGAAACCCCUAAUGUUGUUCCUGCAGUGCCAAUUGUUUCUGCAACGACGACUGUUGGAUCUGAAAACUCUAAUGUUGCUCCUGUAGUCCCAAUAGUUGCUGCAACAACAAAUGAUGGAUCUGUUGCCCUAAUGAUGCUCUUCCAGGAUCCAAAAUACAUGCUACUAUACCUGCCAGAUUUGAUAGGACGCAUCAUUGGCUACAGUGAUCCUAUUGUUGACAAUGGUAAGAAGAGGAUUUAUGUAGAAAUGGAGGAUGAAAGGCUACAUGAUGAAGAUAUUAAGCUUGCAAGUGUCCAGAAGAUCUUGAUAAUAUCUUCCAUUUCAUGUUACACCAACUAUGAGGAAUUUGUCAAAGAUGCAGAGAUGAUGUCAUUAGCUGGAAUUGAAGAAUUGGAUCAGGCUUGCGUCAUGGUUGUAUUUGCAAAGAUCUCGAGACUAGCAAAGGAGUAUGACUGGUCAUACACAGGAUGCAGCAUGUGUAACAGUAAGGUUGUUGAGGUUUACGUAGUUGAUGGUUCAGGUAGCAGAAUUGCUACUCUUUGGGACAGGAUGGUGUACAACUUCACAAACAAGAGUGCUGCUCAACUUUUGGAUGAGGGUCACGAAGAUUAUCCUGAUAUUCUAGAGGAAAUUGUGGGUAGGAAGUGUCUUUUCAGGCUCAAUGUAUCUGACUAUAACAUCAGAAACAACACCAGUGAGAUAUCAGUUGCAAGGAUUUCAACUGAUCCUGACAUUAUCAAGAAGUACCUCAACGUUGUUUCUGAUGAUCAGGACAUUGAUCUUGAGCUAAGCGCUGAAUACUAUCACAAUUCUACCCUAAUGUCUGAGAGCACUGCUAAGACUGUCAUUUCCUGCACUGACGAAACCGAUAUGGGAGCCCCUGGUGAUGAAACAACUGAUAGUCCUCCUCCAAAAAAGUUUCCAGCUGCACAAGAUGGUGAAGAAAGUGUCAGGUCUUACACCAACAAACGUGUCAGGAAGCUGUGA